GUGAACACCUAGAUGGAUGUCCAAUCCAGGGGCUGACACGUUCCGGCACCAAGCUCCUCCCGUGCUCCCAGCUGCGAGUCCUCCUUUCUGCAAUCGAUAUUCCUCCGGGAGUCUAGGGAGCUCGGGGCGCUACCAGCUUCAUUAGGAGAUUCGCAACGGUUUACUCUGGCCCUGGAACACUCCCGCCUGCGGAAGAGCUGCCGGCCGUGCGACAACGGGGAAGCCCCUAAAUGCAAGCCCUAGCCCCGGCAGCUGCGGCGAAGGAGGCAGCGGCGGCGGCGGGGGUCCUGGGGCUGGCGCCCCGGACGGCAUGGAGGAACCAGAGCGCAACGCGUCCCAAAACGGGACCUUGAGCGAGGGCCAGGGCAGCGCCAUCCUCAUCUCCUUCAUCUACUCGGUGGUGUGCCUCGUGGGGCUGUGUGGCAACUCCAUGGUCAUUUAUGUGAUCCUGCGCUACGCCAAGAUGAAGACGGCCACCAACAUCUACAUCCUUAAUCUGGCCAUCGCCGACGAGCUGCUCAUGCUCAGCGUGCCCUUCCUGGUCACCUCCACGCUGCUGCGCCACUGGCCCUUCGGCGCGCUGCUCUGCCGCCUCGUGCUCAGCGUGGACGCCGUCAACAUGUUCACCAGCAUCUACUGCCUGACUGUCCUCAGCGUGGACCGUUACGUGGCCGUGGUGCACCCCAUCAAGGCUGCCCGCUACCGUCGGCCCACUGUGGCCAAGGUGGUGAACCUGGGCGUGUGGGUGCUGUCGCUACUCGUCAUCCUACCCAUUGUGGUCUUCUCGCGCACUGCGGCCAACAGCGACGGCACGGUGGCCUGCAACAUGCUCAUGCCGGAGCCUGCCCAGCGCUGGCUGGUGGGCUUCGUGCUGUACACGUUCCUCAUGGGCUUCCUGCUGCCCGUGGGGGCCAUCUGCCUGUGCUACGUGCUCAUCAUUGCCAAGAUGCGCAUGGUGGCCCUCAAGGCCGGCUGGCAGCAGCGUAAGCGCUCGGAGCGCAAGAUCACCCUGAUGGUGAUGAUGGUGGUGAUGGUGUUCGUCAUCUGCUGGAUGCCUUUCUACGUGGUGCAGCUGGUCAAUGUGUUCGCGGAGCAGGACGACGCCACGGUGAGCCAGCUCUCCGUCAUCCUGGGCUACGCCAACAGCUGCGCCAACCCCAUCCUCUACGGCUUCCUCUCCGACAACUUCAAGCGCUCUUUCCAGCGGAUCCUGUGCCUCAGCUGGAUGGACAACGCUGCCGAGGAGCCGGUCGACUACUACGCCACGGCCCUCAAGAGCCGGGCGUACAGCGUGGAGGACUUCCAGCAGGAGAACCUGGAGACCGGCGGGGUCUUCCGCAACGGCACCUGCACGUCCCGCAUCACCACGCUCUGAGCCCAGCCUCCAAGGGGCGCCUCACUUAGAGCAGAGCCCUACGGGAGAAAGGCAAGCCUGGCUGGGUGCGAGUCCAGGAGCUCUUCCGGAAGGCGCCCGCGGGCAGGGGUGGGGUGGAGGGGAUGGUCUUGCACACCACACACGCCUCCUCAGGAACAGUGACCCAGGAAAGAGCGCCACGGAGAUAGAGUUGGGUACUUCGUUUCUAAACUGGGAUGGUCUUCUGGUGCCUAGGUUCCUCCUUGUGGGCACUUCCAUUGCCACUGUUCCCUUCGCACCCUCUAAAGGACCCCUGGAACGUCACCCCUCCUUCCAUUCUGCCCAGUGCAGAUCUUGAACUCUUCAUUCCCCCCUCCCCAUCCCCCCACUCCACCUGCCCUUCAGCCUGCCCUUUCUAACCGCUCUUCCUGUUGUGUUUCAAUUGAGCCACGGUUUCUUCUGCGGGACUCAGCCUGGCAUCCCUCCUCUAGCCAGGCCGCCUGCCAGGCUUUGUCUCCCGCCCCUGUGGGAGUCAAGGGAGCAAUUGUCCUCCCUUUGCGCACCCCUACUUUAAGGGCAGCCGACUCCAGAAAGAAGAGGCAGCUGCACUUUCCUCCUCCCCUGGGGGGUGGAGGGGGCUGCGCGCGCUCCCGGAAUUUCCGCUCCCCUCCCACUCCAUCAAAGUGGAGCCAGGUGCUCUCUAAACUCCAUCCCGUGUCUGAAACCCAGAUUGUAGUCCCCCACCCCCACCCCGUCAAGCUUCCUUUGAAGCAAAACUGAGCUGAGAACAAGGGGGGUUGUUUUUGUUUUGUUUUUUGAGGGACGAGCUGAGGGUAGUUGUAAUGGAAACCGUCCCGCCAUCAGAGCUCUGAUGGCGCUCUGGGUUUAAAGACCGAGAAGUGCGCAGGUCUGGAGUCUCAGUUAGGCGGGGCACACAGAGCAGGGUGCUCGUUCCCAGGGGCUGCCUGUGGAGUGCCGCUGCAGCUCCGCUGGGCGACCUUGCUCACCAAAAGCUCUGGAGAAACCAAUCUAAGAGCCCAAACAGACUCGGUUUCCUGCUCCGGUGUUUGUCCAGAAUCCAGCACCAGGCUGGGAUUUAGGGCGCUGCCUUCUGAACUUAAAACCCUGACACACCGCCUAAGCCUGCAAACCCAAGUGUAUGGCCUGCCUGGCUCCAAAGGUUCCUUCCCUUUGAGCAGUGCCUACUAAGUUAUUUUCUUGUUUAACCUAUAUGUUUACUUGUUAGUCAUGUUUGAAAAUGUGUUCCUGCGUCCCUUUUCUGGAUUCACCUAGCUGGGGGCCAGCUCUCCAGGACUUUGGAGAGAGAAGGUGGUUGCAGGUGGAGAUGGGAGUGAGUUGGAGGGGAGGGGGGUGGGACUCUCUCUCCAAGAAACCUCACGAAGUUCAUUUGCGGAGACCUCUUUUGUUUUCUUAUCCUUUCUUCUAACUUUUCUGUUUCUGCUGAUGUCCAGUGAAGCUUGUGGGUUUUUUGAAUAGUGUUUUUUAAAAAAAACUGUAGUCUCCUAUUUGUCAUAUAGUAAUCAAUAUAAAUGAUAAUGUGGUUAGCUUCCUUCUCACACCAUGUGAAAAGCCCCAAACUCCUGCUUUAAGUAUCAUUCUAUAUAUGAUUUGAGCAGAGGUAUAAUAUAUAUGUACAUAUAUAUAUUUGCAUAUAUAUAUAUCAAAGAGUCGGUGGAAAAAUUCCAUCCUCCUUUGAUUCUAAUUAUCCACGAAUCAAAGAGUGACAAGUGCGAGGCUGGCUGGAGCACUUUGAGAUUCAAGGGUUCAAGAAGCAUUCAAAGUUGGAGCUGAGAAAUCCAAUUCAGGCACAGACUGAACACUGCUGAGGAUGCCACUGCUGUGUCCCUGUUCUCUCUGGGUUCCAGGAGAGGCAAUUCCAACGGGCAAUGUAGGUACAGCAUCACUUCUUUUGAAGAUCUGCAGAGUGGAGUAGUUUGUGUCUGUGUGAUCUCACCAACCACUUUGGAAGCCUGAGUAGGGCAAGCACCAAUCAUUGUUCUACCCCGACCCCUGUAUUGCUUUAAUAUACUGACUGCUGACGUGUACAUAAUAGGCACUAAAUACAUGUUUGCUGAUUGAUUCUUUAAGUAAGCCAGGCUGUAUUAUAAGGAUCAGGAGAUACUACAUCUGGAGUUCUCAGGUUCUCUCAUUGGCAUGGUACGCAAUGGUUCAAAGUACUGUCUGAAAAGAUGUUUUGUGUAUAUUGGCUUCAAAAAUAUUUUGCUUUCCUGAAAGCAGUAAUCUAGAGUUAUCAUGUCCCGAAAGCUUGUGUUUUGUUUAAACUAAUGAACAAAUAUGCUUUGGUCAUAAAUGAGAAUAUUUAUGUAUAUAAUAUAUAUACUUAUAUAUAUAUCCUUUGGAAAAAAGGUUUUUAAUGGUUAAGAACAGUGACUUACAAAUCUAAGUCUUGAUCAUGAAUGUUUUAAGGGGAUAUCAACAUCUCGCUCUUAACUGGAGGUCAUCAUUGUACUAAAUAAACACAGCUGUAUGAUACUGGU